AUGUCCAACAAACGAUCGCGAGACAAGGAAGUAGGAGAAACCUCCAACAAGAGACAGACCACGCUUACAAGUAUGUUUAAACCCGUGACAGCUGUACCCAAAUCAACGACGGGUGGAGUUGCUCACAUCGAGUCAUUGCAAGUAGCUAGCAAAGAUCCUCGUUCAUUGUUCAAGGGCGUCAAUGAAGAAACCUUGUCAUUAUUGGAAUUGGAAUUGAAUACCAUGAAUUAUGAAUGGUUGAAAGCACUUGCUCCGGAACUUGUCAAACCUUCCUUUUUAAAGUUGAAAAAUUUCUUGAAAGCGGAAAGGGACGCUAAAAAGACAAUUUUUCCUCCUUUGGAACAGAUUUACAGUUGGUCAAACUAUACUCCCGCAUCCAAAGUAGAAGUUGUCAUUCUCGGUCAAGAUCCUUACCACGAUAAUAAUCAAGCGCAUGGACUUUGCUUUUCCGUGGUGAAAGGAGUGCGAACCCCACCUUCUUUAGUCAACAUGUAUAAAGCACUCAAGAUUGAUUAUCCUGAUUUCGUGACACCAAACCAUGGCUAUUUGGAGAACUGGGCUAAACAAGGGGUUCUUAUGUUGAAUACCAGUUUAAGUGUAGAAGCGCAUAAAGCAGGAAGUCAUGCAAAGCAAGGAUGGGAAGAACUGACAGAUGCUAUUAUUAAAUACAUUAACGAGAGAAAGUCUAAUGUGGUCUUUAUGCUUUGGGGUGCCCAUGCACAAAAGAAGGGUUCUACCAUUAACCAAAAGAAACAUCUUGUGUUGAAGAGUGUACAGUGA